AUGCUUUCUUGUAAUAGUUUGGAAGACUCUAACCGAUUAUAUGCGUGCGCCCUGGGUCCAGCUGCUGCUCAGUCCGCAUUCUGCUCGCGAAGGGGUCUUUUCAAAACUCGUCUUCUCUUGUUGCGUCUGUGUGGUGAUAGUGUUAGUGGAAUAUGUUACCAUGGCGGUGAGUUUUUGGGUAACUGCUACGUUUCUCGUGUGUACCAGUCUCUUUUAUGCUCACCUAAUGCCUCCGACUUGGAGCCUAUAUAUACCCGGUCACUGGAUGACAUCCAAUAUAUGGAUGUUCAUCGACCACGGUCCAACGAAGAUACCUCUGGGGGCAGAGCAAUUUGUCUUUCGGAAGCUGGCCUGAUCCUACUGUCCAGCACAGUCAGCAGCAAUCGCUUUUCUGUGCAGGUCACCGAACAUCUUUCUCCUUGA